AAGUCUGCAAUCGAUAGGGACCGUAAAUAAGGAAGCAAUCAGAAUGUGUUGGAAUGGUAAAACCAUGACAACUUGAGGUGUUUUGCUGGUAGAGGAAUCAUGGAGGAGCUGGAAGAAGCUCCCUCAUCUUCCUCUAAGAUGGACCAGCAAGACGUAACUGACACACAGAAUGCUACUGAUGAUACUGUGGAUGUCAGUUUACCAGAGCAGCUGCAGAAAAUAACUCCUGCUGAGGAGUUUGUCUGUGUGCGGCAUCGAUGGAAUACCAACGAGGAGAUUGCUUCUAUCCUUAUAGCAUUCGACCGUCACAAGGAAUGGCUUGUCCUCCCUCAGAAGAUUCGGCCCCCCAGUGGCUCCAUGCUUCUCUACAACAGGAAGGUUGUCUUCUACCGCAGAGAUGGCUACUGCUGGAAGAAGCGACGGAACGGGAGCACCAUUCGGGAAGAUCACAUGAAGCUCAAAGUUCAGGGGUUGGAGUGUAUCUAUGGCUCCUAUGUGCACUCGGCCAUUCUCCCAACAUUUCACCGGAGAUGCUACUGGCUUUUGCAGAACCCAAACAUCGUGUUGCUCCACUACCUGAAUGUGCCGUACCCGGAGGCCGCGAAGCCGUCCAUCCCAUCCGUGUCUCAGGAGCUACGCCGCAAGGAGUGGACUAAAGAGGAGCUGGUGGACCAGCUGAGACCUAUGUUGUCGCAGGCUGCACAGGGUAUGGAGCAUGGCUCGGAGGAUGAUCAAAAGGUGGAAAGUACUUUGGACGAGCUGAUCCCAAUGCUGAUGCCGAUGAACGAAGGUAACAAGUUCUCUGCUCCGAGCGGCAGCGGCUCCAAGCUGAUGGCCUUGGUCCCGAACAAGGCGAUGGCGGGUCAGAGUAACCUGCUAGUCAAACAAACGCUCCCUUCCAGCUCGGGCCUGACACCCACGGCUGUGACUUUGAAGCCUGUGGUGGCGCAGUCAGCGUUCUCUAGCCCAGCUCAGAUGCAAAGCGUCCAGCAGCAGCAGCAGGCGUUGGGCGGUGUGCGUGGAGGGCAGAGAGACAAGGGGCUUCCUCCUCCGCAGCAAGUGGCGGGGAUGGUUCGAACCCUCACUCAAGGUCGCCAGGCGACGAGGAUCCACGCUGUCCUGCCUUCUGGGAUUCUGCAGGCAGCCCCUGUACCUCCUACCCACCAACAACAACAGCAACAGCAAAUGUGCGUGCGGCCGCAGCAACACAUCCAGAGGGUGCAAGCGUUGCCAGCUCAAGUGGUGAACCCUGAGGGACAGCAGAGUUCCCUGCAGCUGUCAUUGCCGUCGGCUGCCCCUGGUCACAACAAUCACCAACAAGAAGCUGUGGAGAAGGUGAUCAGGCACAGCGCCCUUCCCCUGGCCCUCCACACCUCCUCCCAGCAGCACCACCGGCCCGGCCCCUCCACUCACCUUGUCCAUCAACACCACCCCCAGCCCCACUCCCAGGACCCCGCCGCAUUCCUUACCCUGACCAAUGUCACCUCGAGCCCCGCCCUCACGCCCAACACCGUUCUCCCCACCGGCGCUCGGACUGGCCUCUCCAUCAGUCAAACAGGCCACCACCACCAGCAGCACCACCCGGUCAGCCAAAGUGGACACCACCAUCAGGACAUUAUGAUGACCAGUGCCACGGACGUAAUCUCCGGGGGCAUCUGCGGCUCAUUGCAGGCUAGUGCAGGCUCCACUGCUAACUUCACCGCUCUCACCGUCGGCCCCAACUCCUCCUCCUCCUCCUCCUCCUCCUCCUCCCCCUGCCUCACCCAGAUUCAAACCACGAACAGCGGGACCAAUCUCCUCGCCCUGGCCUCAUUGAGUCACCCGUCUUGCUUGCCCAACCUGUCCCCUGCGGCAGUGACCACCAUCACCCCCAGCCACAGCCUCCAUGCCUCCGUGCCCGCUCUCACCCUCAAUCAGCAGUCUGCGGACUCUCACAGUUUUCAGCUUCACAUCCAUCAACAACCCCAGCAUGGCCAACAGACUGGCUCAGAGAAGCAUUCCCUGCCCACCGUGUUAGCUCAGCACUGCCAGCUGGCUUCUGACGUCAAAUCUACGGUCUCCGAUCAGGCAGCUCACCAGCUGGAAGAGCCUUUGCAGCGGCAACAGCAACAACAGCAACAGCAGGUGGCCCCAGUGCUCACCCUCCACCUGAAGCCCACCAACAGCAGCUCAGCCGACGGCCCAGGCUUCGUGCUCAGCCUCCAGGGGGCCACUCUUGUACCGUCGCAGGCGACCUCCCAGGUGAGCAAUUCAGGCACAACGAAUUUCAGUGGCACAGCCAACAACAAUGCUCAGUCGUUCAGCCUCAGUAACAACAACAACCACAAUAACAACAACAACAGCCACAACAACAUUGACAGCGGCCCUGGAGGUCUGGUCCUGGUGGCCAGUCAGAACCCCACGGGGGCGCUGGUGCUCAACCGAAUCUCAGGCAACCCCCUGGUGGGGCAAGGCCCACAACCUCCACCUCCCCCUCCCCCUCACUCCCAACAGACUUUCGCCAGCUCUGGCUGUCAGCUGGUGGCCCCGGGAGCCCCGCCCAGCUCCAUGCCUGCAGCGUUCUCUCAAGCCGUGCCCCACAACCUGGUCUGCUUCUCCUCCUCCGCCUCCAACCUCAUCACAGCGCCUCAGCCUCCCUCGUCGUUCGCCCAAACUGGAGUCGACCCCAUGCCCUCUGCCAUUGGCUUUGCUCAGCUACCACUGCAUACCUCCACCACCUCUGCCAUUGACAUCUCCCACAGCGCACACCAUCACCAGUUACAGCAGCAGCGGCAGCAACAACAGCAGCAGCAAUCCCAACAAGCACAGCAACAUCUCUUCACAAACAUUUUCCCUUCCCCCGAACUGGGCAAAGAUUUCUUUCCCCUCAAGACAGAGAGCGGGGCAAGCAAAGAUUUCUUUCCCCUUAAGUCAGAGAGCGGGGCGUCAUUAUACUCCACUUCAAGCGAGCCUGUGUUUGCCAUGAACAAACUGGACACUGUGUCAGCAGCCUCCUCUUCACCCCGCUUUGAUCCGCUUAGCUCAAGUAAGGACCUCAUAGCUUCGGACUCAUCCUCCUUUGCUAAAGCUGUCUUCUCAUCCUCCAUCAGUAGCAGCAGCAGCAUCAGCAACUACCACCACCACCAGUCCUCACUCCCAGGACAACCUGGCCCCUCACAGACAUCGGUACACCCAGACUUGAUGGCAGGACCAUCAGGGACUCAUUCAGCUAUGAUGAGCGCCCCCAACACCUGUGAUACUCUCAACGGCAGCUUCUCCUCCCUGCCCAGCGCUGAUCUCAACCUAGAGGACUUCCUGGACCUCAACGACUUCGACGAUGUCCCCGACAUGGUGGUCUUGCCUUUCAGCCCGGCAGACAUCGCAGACGACCCGCAGCCCUCCCUCCAGCCUGCGACAGACCACCUAGCUGCCGCUGCUGCUUCCGGCAACGACAAUCCUGGCGAUAGCGCCACGGCUUUGGCGACUAAGGGUCAGGCUCAGGGCAAUAUGACCCCUUUUGGUUGCAUGGACAGUAGCCAGAUGUCUCAGGAAGUGCAACAACAGCAGCAGCAGCAGCAGCAACAACAGCAACAUCAGCAUCCAGUCCACCACCCACAGUUCCAACCCCAGCCUGGCUGUGCCGACCUACCCCCCCUGCAGUUAGGCGGUCCCCCCUCCUCGCCCCUGCACCCCGGGGCCCCCCCGAGACCCCUGUGUAGCUUUGAGACCCCACCCGUGUACAUGGAGGGUACGGGGGCCUCCAGUGCUGUUUGUGAUAGCAGGACGGCGAGCUACCAGGAUGACCCUGAAAUCAAUUCUGUGAUAAAAGACUUCAGUCCCGACUGGGCCUACACCAAGACAAAUACCAAAGUUCUGGUGGCCGGCCCGUGGUGCAGGGAGACGUGUAACUACACGUGUGUGUUUGAUGGAGAGCAUAUUCCUGCCACAUUGCUGCAGCCGGGAUUGCUGCGUUGUUUUACUCAAUGUGAGUUCCUUUUGUGUUCUUUUUUUUUUUUUGGCACUCCUCCUGUCAUUGUCGUCAUUAAAUCCAAAGAUGUGGGUGGUUGGUGGGUGCUUUUUGUGAUUUGCUCCUUCUUUCGUCUCAAACAUCUGUCAGUGGCCCGCGACGGCAUUGUGGUUUCGAACUGCGAGGUGUUCGAGUUCUGUGACCGGGAAAGUUCCAACUCGAACACGUCCCACCCGGAGUGGUUCGCCAUCGACAGUGAGUCACCAUCUUUGUACUGUAGUGUACUGCCUUCUCUCUCACUCCCUCUCUGUCUGUCACUGCUUUUUCUCUUUCUGGGCCUGUAUUCAUCUCUCUCUCUCGCUUACUCACUCUCUCUCUCUCACUCACUCACUCACUUUCUCUCUCUCCCGGUGCCCUCCACAGCUCAUCAACUCAAGCUCCUGUUGGUGGAGAGGAUUGACCAGCUCCGGCGUCGGUUUGCCCACCUGCAGACAGCUUUUCAGGACCCAAUCUCGGAUGACCUUGAGAGCCUGGAGUCGAGUCUGGUGCACCAGGUACAGGCCAUGUCCAGCCAGCCGUGGUGUCAGGGUCAGCUGUACCCGAAGGCCGGCCAGCACAACUUGACCUUGUUGCACCUUGCCGCGGGGUUGGGGCUGGCCAAGCUUAUCUCUUGUCUCAUCAAGUGGAGGUACAGUGCUGCUCUGAUCCUUGACCCAAUCUCGGAUGACCUUGAGAGCCUGGAGUCGAGUCUGGUGCACCAGGUACAGGCCAUGUCCAGCCAGCCGUGGUGUCAGGGUCAGCUGUACCCGAAGGCCGGCCAGCACAACUUGACCUUGUUGCACCUUGCCGCGGGGUUGGGGCUGGCCAAGCUUAUCUCUUGUCUCAUCAAGUGGAGGCGCGAGAACAGCAACGUGGUCCUGGAGUUUGAGGUGGACGCCCAGAGUGUGGACAGUCACGCCUGCACACCACUGAUGUGGGCUUGUGCUCUGGGCCGUAUUGACGCGGCCUUGACCCUGUAUCAUUGGAACACUUCGCCUCUCAAGAUGUGCAAUAAAGAUGGCCUCCUGCCCCUCACCCUGGCCCGACAGAAAGGACACUACAACCUGGCCAACCAGGUGGAACAAUUAGAAAGAGCCAAAGAACAGCAACAGCAGAAAGAACUGGAGCUCCAGGAACAGCAACAACCGGGUGGAAUGGACACCACCAGCUCCCCCCCUCUCAUGUCCAGCGAUUCAGGUGGUGUAAGGGCCGGCGCUGUGUCCGCCUCGGCUGGUUCGAGCGUGUCGGAGAACCUGUCUGUGGACUUGAAGGAGGACGCUGAGGUCAAGGACGAGCUGAGGAUUCAGAUUCCUCCACCGAAGUCCUUCCCCAAACCGGGCAAACCGGGACCGAAGCUCAUCCGGAGGUACAGCGAGCAGGUGAUCAGCCAGACAUCAAGACCCCUCAGCAAGCGUAACUCGGUAGACCUGCUGCCCAGUGGUCAAGACGACGAUCAGGCGACGCUGCCCACGCUGGGCUCGACCCUGGCCCAGUCUGUGCGGGAGAGUGCCUCGGAGCCCCAGCUGUCUGUCAGCCCGGACAUGGCCUUUGUGGCACCCCCUGCCCCUCGGCUGCUGCUGGAGGACAAGAUAGACGAACCUUCGAGUUACUUGGGCGAGCCCUCUACCUCCAAAAUGGACACCGAUGAGCUGGUGCCUGUAAGAGGUGGCAGCCCCAUCAUAGAUGUUGAGAGACUUUCUUCUGAUGAAGAAUUGGACCCAAACAAAGAUGGCUCCAAGCACCAGAUGGUUACUCUGGCUAAUCAGAUCAUCGCAGCCAUCCCAGAACGCAUCAAACUGUCUCCGUCAAAAGGAGAUGAGGUGGACGACGCCUCUAGCGGUCGGGGCAGGAGCGAAUCUCACAGCUCCUUGCCCUCGCAGGGCUCGCCCCGACCCUCUUCUUUUGGUGAUGAUUCAGGAAUCUCCACCCCAAUGACUGACAGCCUGGCCUUUGAGGAGUACAGGUACCCUGAGUUUGGCACGCCGGCAUCCAGCCUUAGCCCCGACUCCACGUGUCUGCCCAGCCCGUACAGCCCCUACAGCUUCACACUGGACUCUCCUCCACCCACCACAGCCGAGUUCACAGAGUACUUCAACGCGCCCACCACCUACAUGGAGAAAGACUUCUCACAGCUCACUCUCUCUGACCAAGAGCAGCGUAAGCUGUACGAGGCAGCCAAGGUGAUCCAGAGCGCGUAUCGCCAGUACCGCGACAAGCAGGUACAGCAGCAGCAGAUGCAGCAGAUGCAGCAGCAGAAGGAGAUCGAGGCGGCCAUCCUCAUCCAGAGCUACUACCGCAGAUACAAGACGUACGCAUACUACAAGAAGAUGAGUCAUGCCGCCGUACUGAUCCAGAACCAGUUCCGGACGUACUACGCUCGCCGCAAGAAGCGCGGGGAUGCUGGGAACACUCUGCAGGGUCUGCGGAGAGAGUCCGAGAGGCUGAAGAAAGGCCGCAAUCAGUCGGUGAUCAUUCAGCAGAGAUUCAGGUCUCACUACCAGAGGAAGUCGCUUGAUGGCAAAGAAGGCGGAGGUCAAGGUCAGGGCAGCGGAGAUGCCCCAGACAGCUCCCCAACGCACCCAGACACAAGCUCCCAGUGCCCAGACUUGGCGCCCCCAGCAGCCGAUGCUGAGGAGGAGGGGGAGGAGGAGGAGACAACCCCAGCGGCGGCGUCUGCGGUCACUGGCGCGGCCACGUCCCAGGACGAGACGUCGUUAGCGGCGGACGACGGAGAUGAGGACGUUCUGCCUCUGGAUGUCCCAGAGUCGGUCGCCGAUCCGGCUCUGGCCACGGAGGUGGACAUCAGUGAGGACGAAGACGCUCGGUGAGGAGAGGACGCUCAGUGAGGAUAAAAUGAAAAGUAAUGAGACAUUCGGAUGAGGAUAAGGUGGAAAAUAAUGAGAAGACAAUCGGAUGAAGAGAAGAUGUCCGAUAAGAAUAUGACGCAUAAUGAGGAGACAAUGGGAUGAGGAGAGGUUGUGCGAUUAGGAUAUGACACAUACUGAGGAGGCAAUCGGACGAGAAGAGGAUGUCUGAUGAGGAUAAGAUGAAAAAAUUAAUGAGGAGACAUCGGGACGAGGAGAGGAGGUCAGACGAGGUUAUGAUGUUGCGUGAGUAGAGGAUACAUGUUGACCUUGGAGGACAAGGACAGCUACCCCCUUCCAGCGCCCACUUCCUCCUACAGAGCCAAGUGGGUCAGAUUGCUGCUUGAAAACUCAGUACCUCAGUCUGCUUUGUAUUCCGACUUGACCUGAGCUUUACCUCAGUUUCCUCUCUCUCUCUCUCUCUUUCUCUCUCUCUUUCAUUCUCUUUCCCCCCUCUAGAUUAAAAAAAAUAAUUUUUUUGUACUACAUAUGACAUUUGGGCAACGCUGUCCAUUUUAUCGCUGAAAUGUUCAACAACAAUUUUUUACUGACAAUUCAAUGUAUACGUUGAUCUGACAUGUCUGUAUGUUUUUACACGUACUCACUUGCUCUCACUCUCCUACUGUAGAAAUGACAAGGUAUGUAUUUAUCUCUCUUGUUUGAGAUUUUGUUCUUAAUUCUUUCGUUUUGUUGACUCUCGAUGACAAAAAGUUACCCGAGAAGAUGCUUAACGAUUAGAAAACCGGCUUCGGCAGCAGGAUUCAACGUGUGUAGAUUUAUCAAACUUGGUUACUGCGGUUUCCUAGCAAAAGAUGCUGUGAUUACAAAGCCUUUGCUUUCUGAAACCAUCACCAUUAGAUGUUGAGAUCAGGGAUAAGGAAGUAUUGAC